GAUGAGUUCAACACUUAGAUCUGAUUAGAUUAUAUAUUUCGGAACUUCAAAUACUCCACAAAUUCCAUGUAGAUUUCAUGAGGACUAUAUUAUUCAAAAUUUUUGCAAGAAAUAGUACUAAAUUUGAAUAAUAGUUUAGAGAUUGCAGUUUACCAAUGUGUCCAGAAUGUAUAAAGAUUCAUUAGGAAGAACAUGAACAAGAAAGAGUAACCAGCGACAUUGAUUUAUUUUCUAAUUGUUUGACUGAAUAAUAUAAUAAGUCAUUGGAAUAUCUUAAUCUUUGGGCAAUAGAUGUUUAAGAAUCCAGUAAUUUAUAAGAAGAGGUAUAAAAGGCACAGGAAGUAAGUUGCAUCUAUAACAUUCAUAGUUUUAGCUCUAAAGGUUUUAGGAGGCUAAGAAACAAUUUUAUAAGGUUAUAGACGACUAUUUUAGAAUUUUUGAAUCUACAAUUGCAAAUGAAACCUAAAAAUCAACUCAAGAUUUAAUUAAAUUGGUUAGAUCUAGACAUAGAAUAGAAUAUUUGGAAUGGAAAACCUUACAUGAAAAUUUACAAAAACUCAACUCAGACAAGGUAUUUAAAAUUAAUUUAAUAUAGUGCUUACCUCCAUUAAUUCAAAUAUAUUCAGAUCCAAGAUAGUCACCUUAAGCAAUCUAUUUAAAAAAUCAUUAGGAGCAUGUUGAAUAAUUAAAUAAACUCAAAUUAAACAUUAGAUAAGUGGUUGUUAAUGAUAAUCUAAAUUAAAUCCUUACCUUAUUAAAAUAAUAUAUUUACAUAACAGCUCCUGUGUAGGAUUCCUAAAUUUAAUAAGUAUAAAUUACUAAUACUGUUUAACCAAUUUUAUAAACCUAGUAAAUAGUGUAAGCUUAACCAAUUGUGCAAAAUUAAGCAGUUGUUUAAACUCAAUCUAUUGCGAAUUAAGCAAUAAAUUAAAACAAAUAUCAAUCUAGGGUUAUAUAACCUUUCAGUGCCAUCAGAGAGUACACACCUUUAUAACCUGUUUUGUAUUAACAAACGCCAAUGGUCCCUAUUGAACCUUUACAAAUAUACCCUUAGCAGUUUUAUCAUCCACACCCUGUUUUAUAAGAACCUAUGGUAAUGCCAGUUCUGACAGGUUAAUAAUCAACCCCUCCACAGAUAAUAAGAUCUCCAGUAAAAAAUUUAUAACCAGUUCUUGAAGCAGGAUCCUUAAAUGGACAACUAAGAGAGACGAUGGCACAAAGAUAUUAUGAUUAAAUGUUAAAAAAUGAAAUAAAAUGA